AUGGCAUUUUUCAAAAAUUUUCAGCAGAAUCUGCCUUCAGUGUCCUCUCUGGUGGACACAAUCAGUAAUGCUGUGGAAGAUUUGACCACUGCUGUGGGGGAAGUCAGCUAUGCUUUCACUGACUCGGUUGCUGAACAGGUAGCAAGUAUGAUAAGUGGCUUCCGUCCAGAAGAGGAAAGCCCUGCAGCAACAGAAGCUGUAGAUACUUCUAAACGAGAAAAUACCACGUUACCAGAAGUCUCUAAAAACACUAAUUGUCAGAAAACACAAUUCGAUUUAGAGCACCAAGCAAAUCGAAUAAAUAGCUAUAAUACUUCAGUUUCACAAAAGCAAGAUCAAGGAAUGAAUGAAGAAGGAGUAUUUAAACAUAUUAAUAAUAGGCAACAGACACUCUCAAAAUAUCAAGAAACCGAUACUGCUGGUGAUUCUUCUUUGAAAGGCCAGAUGAGUGAUGGUAGGAUAUCAGUUAGCAAGCAGUAUGCAAGGGCUGGAUCUACUUGUCAAGAACUUGAAAGUACUGACAGAUGUAGAAAAUAUGGAUUAGGAAUUUCCAAUAAUGGUAAGCAUGACCUAAAGGAGGUAAGAUUUCAAGAAAUGCAAGAAAAUUGUUUAAAGAAGGCUGAAAAACAUAUUAAAAGUAAAGGAUCCAAAGGGAAUAAGUGUUCAGGAAAUGAAUGUUCUCCAAAAGGUAUUUUGGAAAGCAAUAGACAUAUGAUACAGAAAUCCAUUAAGAAAAAAGACAUACAUCCAGCAGCAUCAACUAAUUCUAAAGGUAAGUGUUAUGGAAUCAAAGAACAAAUAAAUCCAACAAAAUACUACAAAGUGAAAGGAGACAUAAAAACAAAGAAAAACGAAGCCAUUUCUGCCAAAAAAGAAACAGCAAAGAGUAAAGAUGAAAAAUAUUCUGAGAUAAUACCAGAAAAAGAUAAUUCCUACAUUGACAAAGAUGAGCAUGGUUCAUCCUCUGAAAGUGAAGAUGAAGCACUGGGUAAAUAUCAUGAGGCCUUAUCCAGAGCACACAAUUCCAGACUACCAUUGGCAGAUUCUAGACAAAAGAGCUAUACUUGGGAAACAAGACAGAAAUAUAGCCCUCUCUCUGCAGAGUAUGAUGGAUACAGUAGCGAAGCAUCAAUAGAUGAAGGAAACUGCAUUCAGAGAAUGAGAAGAACACCCCCACUGGAUGAAUUGCAGCCACCACCAUAUCAGGAUGACAGUGGUUCUCCCCAUCUCUCAUGUACACCCUCAGAAAUUGGGGACAGUAAAUGUGAAUUUUCCCACUGCAGCAACAGUCCAAGAUGCUCAUAUAACAAGUGUCCAAGUGAAGGAAGCACAGGUCAUGAAAUAGAAAGUUUUCAUAAUAAAGGAUAUGAAGAAGAUGUUCCAAGUGACAGCACUGCAGUCCUGAGCCCUGAAGAUAUGUCAGCUCAAGGAUCAUCUUCACAGCUUCCUAAACCUUUUGAUCCUGAGCCAGAAGCUAAAUAUGGCACGCUGGAUGUGACUUUUGACUAUGACUCACAAGAACAGAAGCUGCUGGUAACAGUGACAGCUGUCACGGAUAUCCCCACAUAUAACAGGACAGGUGGCAACUCAUGGCAAGUACACCUUGUUCUUCUACCUAUAAAGAAACAGAGAGCAAAAACCAGCAUCCAAAGAGGACCAUGCCCUGUCUUCACAGAAACAUUCAAAUUUAAUCAUGUUGAAUCUGAGAUGAUUGGAAAUUAUGCAGUUCGGUUUAGACUGUAUGGUAUACAUCGCAUGAAAAAAGAAAAGAUUGUGGGGGAAAAGAUUUUUUAUUUAACAAAACUGAAUCUUCAAGGGAAAAUGUCAUUACCUGUGAUAUUGGAACCUUCUUACAAUCAUUCUGGCUGUAACUCCCAAAUGAGCGCGUCAGAAGUCUCCUGUAGUGAAAGUACAUCCUCCUGUCAGUCUCUUGAACAUGGCUCAGUUCCAGAAAUCCUCAUUGGCCUGCUUUAUAAUGCCACAACUGGGAGACUAUCAGCAGAAGUGAUAAAAGGCAGCCACUUCAAAAACUUGGCAGCAAACAGACCACCCAAUACAUAUGUUAAAUUAACUCUACUGAAUUCCAUGGGUCAAGAGAUGUCCAAAUGCAAGACAUCCAUCCGCAGAGGGCAGCCAAAUCCAGUAUACAAGGAAACGUUUGUUUUUCAAGUGGCCCUAUUUCAACUCUCUGAUGUGACACUCAUACUGUCUGUGUAUAACAAACGCAGCAUGAAAAGAAAAGAGAUGAUAGGCUGGAUUUCUUUAGGUCUGAACAGCUCUGGAGAAGAGGAACUCAAUCACUGGACUGAAAUGAAAGAGUCGAAAGGACAGCAAGUAUGUAGAUGGCACGCGUUGCUAGAGUCGUGAUGACUAGGAUUAAUGAGCAAUUGCAGUUC